AUUGCCAGCGCAGGGUAUUCGGAACCGACAUUGGUCCAAGCCCAAACCAUACCCGUCAUUAUGGCCGGUCGCGACGUACUCGUUACCGCUGCUACUGGUCAGGGCAAAACACUCGCCUUUAUUUGGCCCAUUUUGUGUCACAUUAUUCGACAGGAACCCCUGCUGCCGCACGAUGAGACUGGUCCCAUGGCACUCGUUCUGGUGCCAACACGAGAGCUAGCCACCCAAGUGUCCAACCAAGCCAAGCCAUUUGCCAAGGCUUUACGGCUGCGUGUCAAAACUGUUAUUGGUGGACAGGGCAAGUACUUGCUGCAACAGGAACUUCACAAAAUGGGAGGCGUAGAACUCGUAGUCGCGACUCCCGGCCGUUUGCUAGAUGUAGUUACAGGUAAAAAAGGGUUGCGUCUAUCUCGCGUCACCAUGAUUGUAUUGGACGAAGCCGACAAGAUGCUGCACAUGGGGUUCGAAGCACAAGUACGAAAGAUACUGGCCCACGUGCGGCCUGAUCGACAAACGCUCCUGUUCUCGGCGACCUUGGGACGUCGGGUCGAAGUCGUCGCGAGGGAAUGGUUGCACGUCGACUACGUGCGAAUUGCUGUUGGUCGAACGGGAGAGGCCUCUAGCCACGUCGCACAGCACGUCAUCGUUCUACCGAACGAUUCUGCGAAGAUUCAGUUCUUGCUGGAACUGUUGCCGACCUUGCAACAGGUGGGGCGCACCCUGGUGUUUGUGGCGAGACGUGAGGCAUGCGAAGUCUUGGCGAAGCGGGUUCGUGAGCAGUUACCCAAAAUAAAUGUGGAAACGUUGCACGGGGACAAACACCAAAGCGAUCGUCAGGCAGCGUUACGGGCCUUCACAAAAGGUGACGUAGAUGUUUUGAUUGGAACAGAUGUGGCAGGCAGAGGCUUGGAUAUUCCCCAUGUCGCUACAGUGCUGUCAAUGGAUCCCGCCAAGAAUCUAGAUGCGCACGUUCAUCGAGUUGGACGGGCGGGUCGGUUGUCGAAAGACAGUCAACAAACGGGAUCGGCCUACACGUUGUUGACGGCUAAGGAUAGUACUUUUGCAUUCGUUUUGCGGAAAUCUUUCGAAAGGGAAAACCGAGAGAUAACACCUGAGCUGGACCAGCUCUCGCGCCAGAGU